AAGAGUCGCUGCCUGCCUUCAGUCGUGUCUCGGAGCAAAGCGACUCUCAGCAGCAGCAGCAGCAGAAGAAGGAGGAACAAGCGGAGGCGCAGGAGGAGGAGGAGAGCCGAGCACAUCCUAAAGUUUGUAGCUGCAGCUGUCUGGAUGCAGCGGACGCACGUACUGCGCACCUGAAUCAGGUGUGGGAGUGGUUGCUCAGCUUAAUCCGGACAAUCUCACGACGCUUGGUCCGCUUCGUAUCGGCCGAGGAGUGGAACGAGCCCAUAAAAAGAUUCUGCCAAUCUGCAUCUGGAUGAAGACACUCUUCAUCUGUGACCGACAGCCUAACGCAUCAGAUAAACAUUUUCUACCUCUCGCUGCUUCUCUGCUUGUCAAGAAGGGCGUUUUUCUGAAGCGAUCACCCCAGAAGGAGGCGCCGGAAAGGAGUGGCUUCAGCGUUUGACAGCUCUGACCCACUUAUCACGCUCCAGCCGGUCGAAGGGAAAACUUAGCAUUUAGCAGACAGCUUCAGGAAAGGUUAUGCAUUGUUUUAUAUUCAGGGCCACUGAGCAGCUGACCUCCCAAUCUGAUUAGCUCCAUACCAACAGCCACACAUGUGCCCACACAGACGCGCACACGCUGGGCUGCCGGCCUCUGCAGGCGCUUUAAUAGUGCGCCGCUCGUGUCUGCGUUUCACUUUAGCGUCACAACACGGAGACGCACGCUGAAACAGCUGAACCCAACUUGGUGUUAGAAGUCCAUCAGCGCUCUUAACUCCCUUAGAGCACGCUGACCUUGACCGCCAUCAGUGACGUUUGCGUUAGCGGGAGGCGGUGUCACGUCCUGUCUGCUCUGUGAGACGGAGUGAGAAUGAGAGCUGGCGUGGCUCCGAUAAAUACACUAAAAACAUGAGCGCCGGAGGGCAGGCGCUGAAAUAGGAACGGCUGAGCGUCAUUAGACUUUUUAGGCAAAUGUGUUACACAAAAAAUAGUCCUUAUUAAUUGAAAAGUGUGUGUGUGUUUGACACACUGUCAGAACACAUGAGAGUCAAAGCUGUCUGGGUCAUGUCACUUUGACUGGCCUACAUUUGAUCCAAUAAAGUGGCGACCAUGGGACUGCGCUCAUCAUAGACAAACGCUCUGCGGUCCUCUCGCUCGGUAACUAUUCUUCUAAAAAUAAAUAAACAGGGUCUGCAAUAUUGAAAAACUUUCAACAUUUCCUAAAUGAACGCCUUCCCUUCCUUCUCCGCACCUCCACCCAACACACCAACCAUCCAGUCAGUGUGUAAGCCCUGUCUUCGGGCCCCGUGGAGGAUGAACGAUGUGCCCACGCUUGACUACGAGUUGCUGCUGUCCCCAGCCAGCUCCUCCCUCACCGGCAACCAUGGCGGCGGCAGCAGCAGCCCUCCUCUGGCCUUGGUCGGGGUGGACACGGAGCAGCGUACCGCUUUGGCCUUUGUAGGCCUCCUCAUGCUCUUCUUGGUCUUCCUGCUGGUCAGAUGCUUCAGGAUCCUUCUGGACCCCUACAGCCGCAUGCCUGCAUCAUCCUGGACUGACCACAAGGAGGGGCUAGAGAGGGGUCAGUUUGAUUAUGCACUGGUGUAGGGGGGCACGGCGCAGGGGAGCGUGCCAUUGCACACAGACACUGUUUUAAAGCACGGACUGGUUUAGAGGGACAGAACAUUGUGACUGCACUGCUUAAGAAGGACGUCAACUAUUGCAGGAAGUUUGUACUGAGUCACUGUCAUCGUGUACUGGUGUAAAUACGCGGCUGCAGGACCACAGGUAACCAUAACGACUGUGGUUCGACAUGAGGCUCGACGCACAGCUGCCUUAACCAGACCUACUGUAACAGGGGAACCAUGCUACCCAGGCCACAGCAUCACUUUAGGGCUAGCUGGACAGGAUUUGGGAAAUAUUCACUCACAACUAACCUCAAAGCUAGAUUUAUUUAUUUUAUUUUUUUUAUUUUUUAAACCCACUCCACUUGCA